CUGCGCGGCUCCCCGAGAGCGCUUUUGUUGUAAAGGGGAGGGCGCCGCGGCGGGGACGCGCACCCGCUGCUCUGACAGGAGACAGCGCGGUCGCCUCCCUCCCUCUCUCUGCCAGCCAGCCUCCCGCCGACUGCAUGUAGGGCUGCGGCCGGGACACGGAGCUGGGAAGACAACGACCGAGCGGAGCCGCGCCGCGCCGACCGGAGCCGAGCCGGGCCCGGCGGAACCCAGCGCGGCGCCGCCCGUGCCCCUGCGGGAGGAGGUCGCCAUGGAAGUCAGCGCGGGGGGUGUGAUAGCUUACAUCAGCUCUUCGAGCUCGGCAUCUAGCCCAGCCUCAUGUCACAGCGAGAGCUCAGACAGCGGUUUCCAGUCGUCCUCUUCGCCUGUUCCAUCUCCUCCAAACAGCUCCUCCUCGGAAGGCGGAUGCAAUGGCCGGAGCAGUGAAGGCUCUGACGGGGCGCCCAAGAGCGAUCGGCUGGAGGAGACUAUUAAAACAAACCAGUCGAGUGUUGCUGGUUUGACAAAAGGCCAUAAUGGAGUCACAAAAUUUAAUGGCAUGGUUCUUCUUUGCAAAGUCUGUGGAGAUGUCGCUUCAGGAUUUCAUUAUGGUGUUCAUGCCUGUGAGGGCUGCAAGGGUUUUUUCAGAAGAAGCAUUCAGCAAAACAUCCAGUAUAAGAAGUGCUUGAAGAAUAACAACUGUUCUAUAAUGAGAAUGAAUAGGAACAGAUGCCAGCAGUGUCGUUUCAAAAAAUGCCUGUCUGUUGGGAUGUCGAGAGAUGCUGUUCGAUUUGGCCGUAUUCCCAAACGUGAAAAACAGAGGAUGUUGAUUGAAAUGCAGAGUGCCAUGAAAACCAUGAUGAACAGUCAGUUCAGCGGUCACUUGCCCAACGAAGCAUUGGCAGAACAUCAGGACCAAGCACCUCAAGAAGAUCUUUCCUCCAAGCCCAAACAAGAGCGAGAAACCAUCAAAAGCCCUUCUCCCCCUCCUAGUGCUGACAUGGCCAAGGAGGAGGUGAUCGGCAUGGUCACCAGGGCCCACAAGGACACUUUCAUGUACAACCAAGAACAGUCCCAAAACCCAGCCGAGAUGAUGCAGCCCCAGAGUGGGGAGAGGGUGUCAAAGAGCACCGAGCACUACAUGCUGAGCAGCGAGCACUGUGUUGGUGGCCUUGGUGGCCCUCAGUACCCUGACAGGGAGCAGCACCUUGGUGGACAGUACAAAGGGAGAAGCACAAUGCAUUAUCCAAGUGGGCACCCUGUGUGCUUCACAAACAGCCACUGCAUGAACUUCACCAGUGGUUACACUCAGCGAAUGUGUGAGAGGAUCCCAGAAGAUGGCUUUUCUCCAAACAAGAACGCCACUUACUCUUGCAGCACUGGAGGAAGAAUGCAUCUGGUCUGCCCAAUGAGUAAGACUCCCCAUGUGGACCCAAACAAGUCUGGCCAUGAAAUCUGGGAAGAGUUUUCCAUGAGUUUUACUCCUGCAGUGAAGGAAGUGGUGGAGUUUGCCAAGCGCAUCCCAGGUUUCCGAGACCUCUCCCAGCAUGACCAGGUCAAUCUUCUGAAGGCUGGGACCUUUGAGGUUUUAAUGGUACGAUUUGCAUCUUUGUUUGAUGCAAAGGAACGUACUGUCACCUUUCUGAGUGGCAAGAAGUACAGUGUGGAUGACUUGCAUUCAAUGGGAGCUGGUGAUCUGCUCAACUCAAUGUUUGAAUUUAGUGAGAAACUAAAUGCCCUGCAACUUAGUGAUGAGGAGAUGAGUUUGUUUACAGCGGUUGUCCUGGUAUCUGCUGAUCGCUCCGGAAUAGAAAAUGUCAAUUCUGUGGAGGCACUUCAGGAAACACUAAUCCGUGCAUUAAGGACCUUAAUUAUGAAAAAUCACCCAAACGAAGCCUCUAUUUUCACAAAACUCCUUUUGAAAUUACCCGACUUGCGUUCCUUAAACAACAUGCACUCUGAAGAACUGCUGGCCUUUAAAGUUCACCCAUAGGCCUUUAGGUCUCAUUUGUACUUGGACUUGCCUCGUGUUAAACUGUUUUGUGCUAAAGUAUGUAUUUAUACAGUUGUACCACUUGUUGGAGCGAGUUCACAGACUGUGAACAGUUGAUAGCUGUCCCAUAACCAUGCAAUAAAGCUUUGGCAGGUGCUUUCAGCUGGCGGCGGCGCAGCCCUCGGAAUCGUGCACGGCAUCCAGGCCCAGCUGUGCCCGCUCCUGCAGGAGAGGCUGUGGUGAGCCCGAGUGAAUAUGGACUCUCCUUUCAUCUAGGAAAAAGAACCACCACUGCCCUCUCACCUAAACUGAAUGCAGAGUAGCUGUGUAUGUGCUUAUGGAGCAUGGAAUGGGGUGGGAACAAUCCUGUGCUAAUAGGAAAAUGAAAGAGCUGAUUUAAUUGGUCUUUCACUUAUCUAAUAGAUGUAUGUCUGUGUCUCUUGAUAACUCACUCAUGGUUUCACUGUUGUUAUUCCAUUAAACCCGAUGGAAUGGUUUCAGCCUGCACCAACUCUUCACUGAGCGUGUGUUCAUGCCAUGUGUAUAUAAUAUAAAUAGUUAAGUAGUGAGUGUUUAUGGCUAUAUAAAGUACAGAGUUGUGUGUAUAUAUGUGUAUGUAUAUAAAUAGUUCUAUACAUAAAGUAUACAUAUAAUUUCUUCACAAUAUUUUAAACUGUGAAGGAAUUUAAACUUAAAACAGAAGGUGAUCUAUGGAAAGAACCAAAUAGAUGCACUUUGCAUACUGCUGAACUAAUUAUCUGAGCAUUUUUUAGAAAACAUCAAAUUUGCAUUAAUAUGCUGUGUUUGUUAAUUUAAAGAAAAAAAACAACAACCAAGAGUGGCACUAAAGAGGCAGAGUCAGAUUCAGCUUCCAGAAGGGUUUUGUAGAGAAUCUCAAGCAGAGAUGGUUGGUUGUGGCACUAAUGAGAUGGAUUGUCCAUUGCCACUGAGGUUCUUGUGUUUUGAUAAAGGUUAAAUAAGCACCAGAUGCUCUUCAAAAACUUCAGCACAGCCAGAAAGAAACUGUCAGAUUAAUAGCAACGUCUGUCAGAAGAAGAAAAAAUGGGAAAAAUGUACCCAUGGUUGCAUUCGGGUGUAUGUGUGUUCUGUGACUGUUUAUUUCUUGCAAUACAUCAUUUUGCUGCUUCAUUGCUAAAUGAGAAUUGAAAACAGAAGUGUGAGGUUCCCCAUGUCUUUUCUCCAUUUGGGCUUUGUGGUUCCCAUGCCUGUUCUUCUGGAGCUCUCCAUUGGUGUGUGUGCAUGUGAGCGUGUGUGAUGUGCAGAGAAGGUGCAUUAGAUGGUCUGGAUUGUUUUGGUUUUUUUCUUAAAAAACGCCACAAAAACCAACCAAAUAAAUGGGACUUUUUUUUUUGUUGUUUAUGCCAGUAGCAAAUUACUGCCCUUGUGGGGCAGAUCCGCAAGGCGUAAAAUUCUGCUGCUUUUCCAUCUAGGAAAGCAGCUCUCUAUGGGGUUUUUUCCAUUUGUAGCAGGACCUGGCACCAGAAAAGAGACUAAAAGAAGUCAAAGCAGUUGUGUUAAUUAGUUACAUUUAUGUUUUGCUAACGUGGGAAGAAGAUGCUCCAUCACCCUAGUUCAGUGAACUUGCCUUAGAAGUAGCCCUCAGGGUCUGCAGUGUUUGGCUGCUCUUGGGAGGGCGGCUGCUCCUGGCAGUCAGGGCCAGGAUGGAGGGAGCCUCCAGCCUGCAGCACUCCUGCUGCACCACGGUGGGCUGCGAGGAGCCCUCCUGC